CCCUGCACUCACACAGAUGUGAAUCGUUCCACUGAUUAGACAGGAAGUCUACAAAGUGUGUGUCUCCCGCUGUGACCUGCAUCAUUCAGUCAUGGUGACUCCACUCGUCUUUGGUUUGACAAUCCUGGUUGUUUUUGCAACAACUGUUGCUAAUGCAGAUAUUGAAGUGGUGUGUGGAAGAGACUCAGUGAGCGUGUCAUGGAGGAUCAGUGCUGACAUGGUGCCUCACGCCUCUCGUCUCUUCCUGGGGAGCUGCAUGGCGUCUAAACUAAACCGCCUGCCCAGCGGAGACGGAGUAGCUCUCUUCAACUACCAGUUUGCUGACUGCAAAUUUAAAAAACUGAUGAAAGGGAAACGUCUCUUCUAUCAGAGUGAGCUGACUUUCAGGCCGCAAGCCAAGCCAAAACCUGCUGCUUUUGUGUAUCCAGUCGAAUGUGUUUAUAAGAGACCUGAGGGCUGGGUUCCCCCGUUCCUGAUGCCUGCGUCGGGCGUCUCUGAAGGCCGAGGCCAGCUGGUCUUCCACAUGGCUCUCCUCGAUGAUCAGUUAACAGGCGUAGCGAAGUCUAAUGUCGUCCCUCUGGGCUCCUUCAUGCCGAUCUGGGCGGCGGUGGAGCAGAAGUCCCAUCAGCCCUUGCUGCUGCUGAUGGAGGAAUGUGUUGCAGCAACCACACCAGAGCUGCACUCUGCCAGCCAGGUUCACCCCAUCAUCAGCAACAAGGGGUGUCUUUUGGAAAGCGUGAGGAGUAACUCUGUGUUCCUGCCUCGCUACCACUCGUCUGCUGUCGUCCUUUACCUGCAGUCCUUCAAGUUCGGUCACGGAGACGAGAUGUACAUCCACUGUAAACUGGUUGCUUGGGACCCUGACUCUUUCGAUGAGAGCAAGAAAACCUGCCAAUACUCAAAGGAAAAUGGGAGGUGGGAACUCCUCGAUGACUCCUUCCAGAGCUCCGUCUGUAGCUGCUGUGACUCAGUCUGCCACUCCCGCUCCAGGAGAGGAGUCGAAUGGGAAUCCCAUGGUGUCCAGCACAAUUCAGUGCUGGGACCCCUGAUCAUUACAGACCCAAAGCCCCACAACGGAUCAGAGGUGUCCUUUUCUCCAGCCAGCCUUCAGAGAGCCCAGUCUAAGCUGAAGGACUUGAGAUCACAACACGGGGGCCAGUAGCUGAUGAUCUCCGCCUCCUGACUUCCAAGAUAAUACGACAUCAGCUUUACAUGAUGAUCUACUUUGACUAUUUCACAUGAGCAUUUAAACUAUCUAAUGUCGUACAUCGAUCUUGAACUCUGCACAAAUAAACCUGGUUUAAACUCCU